UUAUUAUAUAUAUUAUAUAUAAAGGAAACAGGAUCUACGAAGCGGAAAAAAAACAAAGCAGAGAAAUAUGAUAGUUCCACAGCUCGACUCUCCAAAUCUCGCGUUGUUUGGAUGCUGAAGUCUCGCGAGCAGCUGCGAAUUCCGAAAGCGAAGAGGAGAAAUGGAGAGAUGAGGGCUGAAAAGGAACCGACAACGGGAAACAGAGAGAGAGGCGUCGUUGAGAUACAGUUGAGAGACGCUCCGAGAGAGCAGGAGAACGCCACGGCAAAUUCGAAGCACAAAGAGGAGAAAAAGGAAAUCUUUACCAAGGUCGUGAUUCGACGUCUUCCACCCAGCCUGUCAAAAGACCAGCUUGAGGAGCAUCUCAGUCCACUGCCUUCUUAUGACUACUUUGAGUUCUUUCCUGCUGAUCAAAGCCUGUAUCCACAUCUUUUCUCCAGAGCAUACAUCAACUUUAAAAACCCAGAAGAUAUUGUUCUUUUCAGAGAUCGUUUUGAUGGUUAUGUUUUUAUUGAUAAUAAAGGUCAAGAAUAUCCAGCAAUUGUAGAAUUUGCACCUUUUCAGAAAGUUUCCAAGAAGAAGCUUAAGAAGAAAGAUGCCAAAGCAGGAAGCAUUGAAGAAGAUCCAGAAUACAAACGAUUUCUGGAAAAUUACUCUUGUGAUGAAGAGAAGUCAAUGGCCAAUCCAGAAACACUAUUGGGUGAAAUUGAAGCUAAAACAAGAGAGCUCAUAGCUAAACGGACAACACCACUUCUGGAAUACAUUAAGAACAAGAAGUUGGAGAAGCAGAGAAUUCGGGAGGAAAAAAGAGAGGAGAGGAGACGCAGAGAACUGGAGAAGAAAAGGCAAAGGGAAGAAGAGAAAAGGAAACGAAGGGAAGAGGAACGGCGUAAACGUAAAGAGGCAGAGAAGCAAAAGAAACUUUCAGAAAAGGAAAUCAAAAUCAAGCUUUUGAAGAAAUGUGACAGGGAUGAUGAGGUGGAAUCAGAUAGACUGAAAGAAAAAGGAGACAGUGGAGAGACAACAGAGAGGAAUAAGUGGGAGAAAUCAACAGGCCACACUAAGGCAAAAGAACUUAAAGACAAUAGAGUUCAGGAGAGUGAUAAGGAGCAACGUGAAGGACAUGGACGCCGACAGAGAGAUAAAGACCAGAGAGGCAGAGAAGAGGAGCGCAAGCGGCAGCGGCAUCACUACGAGUUUGACAAGUUCAUGCGACGCAAGGAGGAGACAAAAUGGGGCAAAGGCUACUGUCAUGACCGGGCAAAGAAAGAUGGCCAUCACCAUGGCUACUCCUACUGCUCUGAAAUAGGGGACAAGUCAAGCAAGGAGGACAGGGAUGAGAUGGGGAGCAGGAAGGAGCGUAUUCGUAAUAAGUCUGUAUUAGUGCAUCAGGAGAAAAGGACCUCCCAGUCUGAGGGGCCAGACCAGAUAGGAGGGGCUCUGCCAGCCAAGGACCGACCUGCCAUGCAGCUGUACCAGCCAGGAGCACGUAACCGUAAGCGGAUGGGGUCUGGGAACAAAGGCUUUGACUUCAACCGGCUCUCUCCGGAGCCAAGCACUGAACCCUGCUAUGAGCUGACCAUUGGAACAGGCUCUGAAAAAAGUGGGGAUGAGUGAUAGAAAACACUUGUUUCAUUUCAAAAGAUUUGUUUGGACAGAGAAUAAAUCCUCUGAUCACAUUCUCAAUGUUUUUCAUCCGUAUUCCCAUGCACCGUGUCAGCGGUAUAUUCAAAGUCAUAGAUUAUGUUAAUGUUAAUAGAUUUUACUGUAGGUUUGGUUUUUCAUGUCAAAGAACACUGCCUCACCGGAUUUACAUUUUUCUACAUUUUUCACAACAUAUGCACUUAUCACAUGUUGAUUUUUUAUUUUAUUUUUUACCUCCACUUGCCUCAUCAUUUACAGAGGACAGAUUUAUAUGUGUAGUAUAGUACAGAUAGUAUACAGAUUUUACUGUAAAAACCAUAAGCAGAUGUUGUGAAAUGCAUAUUUUUUAAUAUAUGAAAUAUAUGUUUCUGUUGUGCAACUGCAGAAUAGGUUCAUAAGAGAAACUAAUAAAAUGUAUGUGUGAA